CCAUUUCUCUUUUUAUUUCUCUUCACUAUCACAAUAAUACAUCAUGUUUUCCCGUGUCAUCUCAUCCGUACGUGACCAUUUUAUGAAACCGAUCAGAGAUCCUGCAGACAUGAAUGAUGAUACUCGACGCCGCUCAUCAGUAGAUGAAGGCGAUUCUUUGUCAAGAUUACACACUACACAGUCUAUGCCAGCGGAACGAAGGACUUCUGUCGUCGAAGCUAUUCCAAUGAGCAACAAUGACGGCUCGUCCGUACGACGAAGAGCUACGAUCUUUGGCAUCUCGAGAAAUUCGGCGGAUGACUAUAUUCAAAAAGAUCUCAUUUCGAGUUCUUGGAGUUAAUUCCUUGUACUAUCGCUUAUUUUGUCAACCUCACUUUCUCAUACCUUUGUCUCAAUGGCAGUCUUCAUUGUUUCAUAUAAUUUAUCUGUUUCGUAUUUGUUUCCUCCGUUCCUUUGUACAAAAAAUAAACUGGGAAUAUAAUCUAACAAGCCGUACACCCACUGUGCAAUGGAUGCCGCCUGCCACCGGAAGCCG